AUGAUUUCGUUAACACUCUCUUCAGAAAGUGUUCGCCACACUGUCAUCACCAAUGAACAAGACACUCCAUUCAGACUUGGCGUCCGCACUACGACGAUUCACAAAAUCAAGCCCAAUGACGACAAUUCUCGUAUGCAGGACCAAUUCGAGAUUAUGGGAGAGAUCGAGUGGCACACAUUCGCUUCCUCCAAGUUCCGUUUUGGUGGAACCGAAGUAGAGACGAAGAAUUUCAUUCCAAACAGAGGCUGGAUGGGUCGGAAGCGCGUUUUUAUUGGUCCAGAUGGUCGCUCUUAUCGCUGGGAUCUCCAGGACAAAGUCGUUGUUCUCUUUCUAGACGAUGGGUCUCAAACUGAGGUCGCUCGCUAUCAUAGGGCGACGCUCGGAAUUAUAGGAAAGAAACGUAAAGCCACGCUGGAAGUAUCACCUGCAGUAGCUCAUAUGAUGGACACCGUCAUCAUGACGUUCAUCUAUGUCGAGAAACUCAGGAUGGACGACGAACAGGCUACAAGAAAUAUUAAUGCCGCAGCCUCGGGGGCUGGUGCACCUUUCAUCAUGAUAUCAACCAGUGGUGACCUCACUGACACCCCUGACCGCAGCAUUCUUGGCACUACUGUAAUGACUACGACAGCUUGUCGGCAACAGCGACCCUAA